GCAGAGAUGGCUAGCCAUGUCGCUGCGACUCUGCCGCCGCCGUUACCUACCCCGGCGCGCUGCCUCCUCCUGACGCCUCCUCCGGCGGUGUACACGGCUCGUGUAGAGCUGGACACCAAGAAGCAGCAGCCUGGACGUGCCUCUAUGAGCCGAAGUUGGAUCAGAGACAAGAUCGACCUUUCCGGACGUGCUUCCCGGAGCUCCAGCUGGCUCACUGACAAGACGCUCCGCCGUGUCGGGACUUUGAACGGCGGCGUCGAGCGCUUCGGCCGCGGGGAGAUGCCGAGGGAGAACUGGAAGAGGCCGGCGAACCGUACGCCAUCAGUCGACCGGUGCGAGAAGAAGCUGAGGCCUCCGACCGAGAUAGUGGCAGCCUCGGAGGCAUCACUCCUCGUCGGCCCGGCGCCGUCAGUCGGCCGGUUCGAGAAGAAGGAGACGCCUAUGACUGAGAUGGUGGCAGACUCGGUGGUGGCAUCCUUCGAUGGCCCUGCUCCGUCGAUCGACCUGUCGGAGAAGAAAGCAGAGCCUACGACUGAGAUGGUGGCAGACUCGGAGGCGACACUCUUUGCUGGUCCUGUGGCGUCGGAGAAGAAGCCGACCCCUCCUACCGUGGUGGCACCCUUCGCUGGCCUCGCUCCGUUGAUGGACCGGCCCGAGAAGAAGCCGAAGGCUCUGGCUAAGAUGGAGGUGGACUCGGAGGCAUCCUUGUUCGCUGGCCCGACAUUCAUGGUGUCGCCGGACCCGAGCGAGCUGCCCAUGCCGACCUUCAUCAUGUCACCGGACCCGAGCGAGCUGUCCAUGCCAACCUUCCUCUAUAAGCACAAGGUGGCUAAAGUGUUAGCUAGACUAGUCGCUCCGAUGCUCAUUGAUCAGCAAGAAGAUUGAAGCCGCUUUCAGUAUGUAGUAGCUAGGUGGAGUAUACUGAUCAGCAAGAUUGAAAGCUGUUUUCAGUAUGUAACUAGGUGGACAUGAUUAAUACAAUUGCCACCAUUUAUUCCUGAGGUUGGCACUGAUCUUAUCUGCGGUGGAAUGAAAUGAUCGUGUUCUGCAAAUAAGCUUCAGUCGACACGGCAUACUGUGCAAAGUGCAAACAGAGACAUUCUCGCAAACACCUUCAGGGCGUGAGUACGACAGGCUCCUUCCAGGGCCAAGCUCUGGGCCAGGCACCUUGGGCCGCGUCGCCAUCCUUUGGAUGAGCUCCGUCCAACUGCUUCAUCGCCUCGGCUGCAUAUCUGUCUCUCUCCCUCCGGCGGUGCUGCUGACCCGGCGCAUCUGUCGCCGCGUUCCUCCCCGCCGCGUCGCCGUACAACCGGCGGCUCUCCCCGUCGCUGCGGCUCCCGGCUCACCCGCAGGCGGCGUCUCACGUCGCCCAGCGGCCAGAUCCCCCCCAACGCCGCCGACCGCCGCUCGCCCUCCUCGCCAUCUUCAAGCUCUGACCCGUGGCAGUGCACUUCAACCUGGGGCCAACGACCCAGCGGCCUGCGGCAGCGGUGGCUAUGGCCGGCUGCUGCUGCUGCUAGGAGCCCGGCCCGCAGCCACAAUAGCACGCCGACCAGCCAUCAUGUCUGUUGAAUCAAUGUCUCUCACUAACACUGGGAAACCGAAUUAUGCAAGUGGAAGCUUAUUGCAGGAAGAGGAGAUACGAAAUUUAAUAUUGUCGAGUCAGCGCAGCAGAUUUUGGAAGAGGGGAAGCUCAACCAGGCAUUUCUAGCCAACCACAGUACCUUGCUUGACCUGCUUGAAAUCCCCCAACUUAUGGACAUAUUUGUUUUGUAUUUGAAGUUGAUUGAUAUUUUUAUAUGACAUUUGGUGCUCACA